AGAAAUGUUAAGUGGAAAUUAUUUAAAGUAUCAUAUUAUUUUUGCAUUUAUAUAGUAUAUUAAAGACAAAAUAUAUAUUCAUUACGGGGCUCACAAUUUCUUGUUACGUAUGUGUAAGUUUUUAAUGAAAUAUGGAUAAUACAAACGACUGUGUAAGAACAAAAGCUGAAAUAGAUGAUGCAUUACUACUUGCAAAAUUGGAUAAAAAUGAACUCCUGCCAUCAUCCCAAAUGGUGUAUUUUGCCUCAACAAAUGUUUUUUCUAAAAACUAUAAGUUGCUACAACUUGACAAUCAUUUGUUGUCUACGUUAGAAAAAGGCGAAAGUUUAUACAUAAGAGGACAAGAUGAUGAUAAUGCAGUUCUGUGUACUGACAUGUGCACAUACAAUUUGUUAGAGACUGAAACCUCUAAUAGUUUGUUAGCUGUAAAAGAUUUAAAUUUUUUUGAAGGAGCCUGUGAUAAAUUAGGGUGUAGUUCAAUAAAAGUUGAUGUAUUUAGCAUAUUCAAUGAUUACUUAGAACCAGUUUUAUCCAUGCCACGUUUAUCCAAAAUCCGAGAGGUACUCAAUAAAACUAUCUACAGAGGACCAGAAUUAGAAUGUGAUGUUAAUGAGUGUGACCUAUGUUCUUUUGAUGAUUUACUUCAGAAGGCACAAACAUCAGAACUAGAACUGAGAAAUAUUUUAAAUGCGAUGCCUGUUGUAACUAUAAAUGGAAAAAUUCGUCUUUUAGAGCAAGAAUAUCAUUUUAGGGUAUUAUCUUACAUGUUAAAACUUAUUGAAGAAAAUUCCUGGCUCCUAGAUGAAAUUGUUUAUGAAGAUACAAUUGAUAGCUUAAGUGAUAUUGUACCUAAGGAAAUACUAACUUCUCUCUUUGAAAAGUACACAGUUGAGUCAAAAGUAAUAGAUGGAGUACAGCUUUAUAAAUAUAAAGAGGAAGAAGUGUGCCGUUUUUUUGCUCAGAUAUUAUUGUUGCAUGCAGGAAAAUUUAAUUUGAAUGAAUUCUUACAAGCUUGGCAAGAAUCUGUUCCAGAAGGGAUGAUUCCCAAGGAAGAAAUGCUUUAUGGUAUAUCAGUCAUAAAUAAGAAGUCAAAUCCUCCAAGUAUCCGAGCUUUUGCUGAAGAGGAUCUUCCAGAAAAUAUUCACGAACGUUUUAAAAUCCUUUUUGAUGUUAAAGAAAAGUGGACUGUUCCUGAAAUUACCCCUUAUGUUAGGUCUUUAACAUCUCCUAAACUGGAUGUUACUGCUCUUUUAGCCAAGUAUGCAAGAGUCUCCACUGUCAAUGGUACCAAGUAUUAUUCUGCUAAGCAUGCAAAAUAACUUUUUUUACAAAGUGUUAUUCUUACUGUUUCAUUACAAAGUAGGAAAAAUACUCUUCUUAAUAAUUUUGUAAUUUAUUGCUUAUAUAUUAGAAAUAUAAAUUGCGUUUUCGUGUU